UUCAAUCUUUUUUAUUCCCGGAAGCUCUCAAGACUCCAAAAAACCAUCAACCAUGUCCUUGGUCACAGAGGAGCUGAAGACCAGAGCUGAGGUGUACUAUGGAGGCCAAGUUUGUAGAGACAAGUUCUCAUUAUUGCUGGCAGAGAUGGGGCUACCAGGCGGCCUCUUGACGACGACGUUUAAGCAGAAGGAGGACAACAUCAUCCAGGAAUGUGGGUUCGUAAAGGAGAUAGGGUUUGUCUGGCUCAAGCUUCGUGAGAAGAAAGAGCACAGGUUCGACAACAUCCUCGUAUGCUUCGACACCGAGGUCACCGCAUUCUUGGAGCCAAACAAGAUCAAGAAUCUCAGAGGCGUCAAAGCUAGGGACUUCCUGGUCUGGUUCACCUUGAUCGAGAUUUAUGUGAGAGACCCUCCUCCUCCAGAAGGUUCCGUUGUCACCUUCAAGUCUCUGGUUGGCUUGUCCAUGUCUUUCCCUGUGUCUCUCUUCAAAUCAGACAAGGAACAACACAAAGAAGUGGCUCAUCAGAGGGAAGCAAAAAUGGUGGAGAAAUGGUGGAAAACGAUCAAACUGUGAUUGAUUAGGUUAAAAAAAAAAAAAAAAAGAAGAAGAAGAAGAGAAAUCUACAUUAUUAUUCAUCAGUAGAGACCGUGCUGACGUAAUAUUCUAUAGUUUUUAAUAAUUUUUAUUGUUUGAGUGAACCUCUUAGUCCUGGAAUAACACAAGAUGGGGUACCCA